UCCGCCCAGUCAUUCAUUCAUAUUUGGUCUUCCGGAAGUAUCCCAGGGUCGGGCCAGUCAGUGCCUGCGCGAGAUGACUCGUGGGAUGGAUGCCUUAGAUGAGUAGACCAUCCUGGCUGAUGGCACUGGCAGAGACAUGGUGAAAAUCAGCAGUUACAUCAGAUGGAAAAGGAGCUGGCAAUGGUGCCAUUACAUGGAUUAUGCAAGAUUGCGUGGCACUGUCAGGCAAUAUUUCAGUGUUCUCUCAGGUUAUAAUGAACUGAUUACUCCAUGAGUACUGAAUAAUAUGAUUUCUUCUCUACUGCUGAAUGUACAGAAGUUGCUAUGCGCAAACAACAAACAUUGGACAGGAUAGGUGAGACCAUUCCACAUAUUAAGUGGAUUGAUCUUACUUCCACCAAAGAUAGCCAAAUGUCUCUGGGUCAGGAGGGUGAGUUAUCAGAUGAGGGACUCUCAUUGAGGACUGAAUCUAAGGACAAUGUGACCCCAGAUGUGCAUCUUGUUCCACCACAAGAUCAGGCAGAAGUUGUAAAGGAUUACAGUAUGCAGAACUCGCCAAAAAAUGAAUCAGACUCCUACCAGAUAAGUCCUCUUGAAAAUCAGACCGUUGAAUAUAAAUUAGUUACUUUUGAUGCGAACACAAGGAGUCUACCAAUAAACAUGCAGCUGAUACCCAAGAUGGAGUCUGAUAAUGCUAGGACAGAAGCUUGUGAGGUAACAACCAAAGCUACAAACACUGCUAACAUCUCAACCAAUGAUUUACUAGAGAUUAAGGUUCAACGACAAUCUAUUUUAAAUAUAAGUUUCCAUAAUGACAAACUACCGUCACCUGAUGGAGGCAACCAAAUAAGCAAGGAGUGUAUUGAGAAUAAAACGCAGGUUGUUGAUAUGGCUCAUGUAAGAAAGAGUACACCUGCAAUGGAUACAAAUGCAAACAAAGAAAGAUUAGAAUAUAGUAAAGACUGCAGUGAAGAUAAUAAAACACAAAUUUUAUGUAAUGUAAGAGAGGAGAGACUUGAUAUUGGAAGGAACAUGGCAGUGACAAGUUCUUUGGUACAAUGUGAAGAAGACAUGGUAUUAGAUUUAAGCCUACCAAAAAAGAAAGACCGAAAUAAGGAGAGGAAGUGUGAAUGGGUUGUAGACCCUGAAUAUGAAGGUUCACUUCAUAUGGAAGUUGAUGAAAUUGAGGAUGAGCCUCAACAUGUAGAAGUGGAGCAAGAGGAUGAUAAUGAAAUUAGCUGGAUUGCAUCAGUAACUGGCGCUCAUACAUACCUGCCACAGCAUUGGGAUGGACAUAUGUCCUCCUCUUCGCUUGAAGCCAUGCCAACUGCAUCGUACCCCAACAUUAUAACCCCAGAUCCAAUGGAUACACUACUUAUAGAUGACCAGGGCGUUCCUUACAUGCUCACCGCAGAUGGACAGAAAGUCCCACAAAUUGAUAAUAUACAACACACUGAGGGACUAACUGAACAAACAGCUCUAAGUGCAAGGCAAGCUGAAGAUAAGCCCUCUUCCAUUGCUGAUACACAGGAUAUUGCAGAAUCCAGACUACAGACACUACCCAAUUCACUAUGUCCAAAUAUGUCUAUAGGUCAUGUCUCAGUGGAAACCUCACAGGUUGCCUCAAACCUGGACCCAAGUUCUGUAGUUCAUGCUCAACCCCCCAUCAUACCUGCCAUGUCUGACUUGGCAUCAGUUCCCAUUCAGAUUGUGGCUAAUACUACAGGGUCAAACACCCCCAUUCUUCUUCUUCCUCCAUCUCAGCUUCAGUCUCUUUCCUCACCAGCCUCUAAAAGUAAUGCAGGGCUAAUUACCCUUUCCUUACCGGUUCCUCUUAGUCCAAACACUCAGUCCUCCCCCAUGUUCCUAGUUUUGUCAUCUCCUCAGGUGUCCUCAACUCAGAGUUCGUCCUCGCCUGGGCAAUUAUCUCAGUUUUCUUCCUCUUCAAAUGUUGCACUUCCCUUGGCUACAUGUCCACUUGAUUUGGGAUCUUCAUUAAGUUCAUGUCCGUCACUUCUCAGCCUCAGCACGAUUUCCUCUGACACAGCAAAGGACAUCUCAGGACUGAAUAACCCUUCUAAACUUUCUGCUAGCCCUACCUCAUCAACUGCUUUCUCUAGCACUUCCACAGUGACCUCUACUAGUCCAACCAAGCAAUUCAGCACUGAUGCCUACUCUGACACACCAGUGCCCACUUCCUUUCGGGAGGCCCUUCUCAGAUUAGCUGUGUCUGUGGAGAAGAAGCAAGAAAACCAGCCUGCUGAGACGCAUUCGGUCACUACUCCUUCCUCAUGUUCUGAAGCCACCAAGCCAGAUUCUUCUGCCACAGUCCAUGAAAGUAAAAAUAAUGAGACAGAGAUAAACUGUGAUGGUGAGACAGAGUCUACCUUGGUAGACCAAAUAGACUCAUUAGAUACCACCUCUUCCACCUCACCCAUUCAUCCUGAAUCACCCGUAAUUUCAAUCAGUGACCCAAAGAACCAAGCGUUAGGCCCUCGUCGCAUUCUUUACUGUCAGUAUUGUUCACGGGUCUUCUACUAUCUUUCAGACCUUGAGCGCCAUUCCAUCACACACUCCCAAAGCAAACCCCAUGUAUGUCACCUUUGUGGCAAGGCAUUCAAAAGAUCAAGCCAUCUUGAGCGACACAAACACAUCCAUACAGGUCAGAGAAACUUUGUGUGCCAGCUUUGCCCAAGGCGUUUUCGUGAAUCAGGGGAACUAAUGAGGCACCAGAGAGUACACACCGGAGAGAAACCCUUUCAGUGCUUAAUAUGCCACAUGCGUUUUGCAGAGCGCAACACGCUGCGACGUCACAUGAAGCGCAAACACCAGGGCCAGCAGCUUGAGGUGAUUGACAUAAAGGCAAAGCCAGAAAGUGGAGGGAUUUCCCUUGCUGGCAUACAAGAAGAGCCAGAAGAGAACGCCGAGUGGUACAGUUCAACAGUUCCUGAAAUGGAGUCUGACAGUGACACAGGGGGAGAAUGAACUACAUAAGGGCAUGAACAAAUAGAUUUUCUUUCUUUUUUAAGUUUUAAAAUAAGCAAAGUUGUAAAUACAUUUUAAUUUAUUUUGUAUUGAUAUAAUAAUUCCUUAUUUCUCAUUAGUUUCAUAUUAUUGCCUAUAUUUCAUUCUGUUAAUUCUUAAGACCUUUACUGGU